UCAAAAAGAUCUUCCAAAUUCAUAAAUCAGUUUAAGUGCAAUAAGCCGAAGUAAAGCUAUGUUCAACAAGAUCAUCAUCUCGCAGCAAGUUCCGGGAAUAAACCUGGAGUAUCUUUUCCGGGCUGCCGGUAUCUAUCUGUACAAGCCGCACGUCGUGAACCGGAAGCUGUUCGGAGCCAGCAAUCUUCACACGUUUUCCUACAACCAAUCGGAUCGAGGUUUGGAUAUUGAGAAGUUACUACAGGAAAUCAAGGAUGAACCAGUGGGACCGGAGAAAGCUGAAAAUUUCCCAAUAAAACAUGUAUGUGAGAGAUACGACUUACACGUCCAAAAAGUCGAAGAUUUCGAUUUGAACAGGUUGAAGUUUAACGAACAAAGACAUCGUAGUGGAUAUGUGGUGCUGAACAGGUUUCUUCCGAGAAAUUUAACCGUAUUCAACCCCCUGGAUGUGCUGGCCAUUAUAGAUUUCGAAUCACAGUCCAUGUCAUUCGUGUGCCUUCAGGAUGUGGAGAACAAUCUAACUCCUAAAUUUGCCUUCUCCAUUCAGUUGGAAGAUCAUAAUCUUUCAAUUAAAAGCUCUGACGAUCCAAAACAGGACGAGAAGUCGUCCAUAUGGCUCAAGGAUGUCCUCUUUCAACGACUUCUGAAAUGGAUCGACAACAACGUACAGGAAGCAACGAAGUCUUCCAGCAAAGGCGAGAUCGUGUCACUGUCGUUGAUCAACGAUUUGGAACAGUACAAUCGCUUCUAUAGCGAACUGAAAGCCAAGUACGGAACGGAGAUGGUUAGGAUUUGGCCGGAGACGACCGAUCCGAAAAAGUACGUAUAUGAGGAUGUGGCGAUUGCCACCUAUAUGUUGCUUCUGUGGAAACAGGAACGAGAAGAAAGCGGUUCCGAUCGGUUGCAAUCGUUCGUCGACAUCGGCUGUGGCAAUGGGUUGCUGGUGUACAUUCUGGCUUCCGAAGGACACGACGGAUUGGGGAUCGAUUUGCGGAAGAGAAAGAUUUGGGACCUCUUUCCGGCGAAUGUGAAGCUGAGGGAGCAAUCGAUUGUACCGUCGGAUGAUGCGCUAUUUCCGGAAAUCGAUUGGAUUAUAGGAAAUCACUCGGAUGAACUGUCGCCGUGGAUUCCGGUUCUGGCAGCGAGAAGUGCCUACCGAUGUCGGUUCUUUCUGCUGCCGUGCUGUGCCUUUGAGUUCGAUGGGACUAAGUUUCAGCGGCAAAAUUCCAGCGUAAGCCAGUACAACGAUUUUUUGCGUUACGUUGGGGAGAUUUCCGAGGUAUGUGGUUUUGAAACGGCCGUUGAUAGGUUGAAGAUUCCAAGUACGAAGAGGACUUGCUUGGUAGGCUCGACAAGGACGUACAGGGAGGAGCAGUUUGAAGAAUAUUGCAGCAGAAUUCAAUCGUUCAUAGAUUCAAGAACUUCCGGUGCUAGGAAAGAGAGUGAUGCGAAUUGGUCCGAGGGUUUCCGACCGCGGGACAGUGUGGAAAAGGUGAGGAAUUGCACCAAAAUAGAACGGAGCAUAAUUGACGACAUAGUGCGCAUUGUGUUCGAUGCUUUGAUUGCGAAGAAACGAAUGGCCAGUGAGUUUCCCGGGAGAAAUUGGAACGCUGGAGGUAGGAUCGGUAUUGGUGAUCUGAUAAAGUUGAUUCCUCAGGAUAAAUUGAACAGCCUGAAAUCGGAAUGCGGUGGACUGCAGACGUUGUUGAAGAACAAUUACCAGAUAUUUCAGGUACUGGAGGGUUCUGUCCAGCUGCGGAUUCCAACCCGAGAGGGACAGAGCAGCAGAAGUUCGGAAGAGCUGAAAAGGAAGCCGAAGAAACAGAAGAAUCCUAGAAUAGUGAACCUGAAGGAGAAGCCUUGCUGGUUCUAUGGUAAUCAUCCAGAUGGGUGUCCGUUUGAAGAGGAGGAAUGUAAAUUCAAACAUCCAUAGAAAAUGGUUUAUGU